AUGGACGCAGGAACCAACACGAAAAGGGGCGGUGAGCCCGAGGCCCCCCGGAGCGCAGCGCACCCCGAGCUCCCGCAGCUCCCGUGCCGCCCGCAGCUUCUGGACGAGGAGGAGCCCCGAGAGGAGGAGGCCGAGGCGGGCGCUGCGGCCCCCGAGGACCCCCCAGCCGAGGAGGCUGCCGCCGCCGCACCUCCGGCGGAGGCCGUGGGCGAGGCCCGGCAGGGACCCAAGGGGGCAGUGGGUGGACUCCCCGGCAUCGGUUUUGUGGGCGAGCCCCCACCCUACGCGCCCCCGGACCCCAAGGCGGUGCACCUGCUGUACCCGCCCUUCCCGCAGGCACCCAUCCUCUUCCAGCCCGGGCCCGCCACCCUCUACCCGCCACCUGCGCCCCUCUACCCUGCGCCCAGCCCGCCGCCCGUCUUCGCGCCCUUCCCCGUGUACAACAGCCCUGUGGCAGCGCCCGCAGCCGUGGAGCACCGGCCCCUGCCUAAGGACUACAUGAUGGAGUCAGUGCUCGUCACCCUCUUCUGUUGCCUGCUGUCAGGGCUCAUCGCUGUGGUCUACUCUCACGAGACCCGAGCUGCCCUCAGCAGGGGGGACCUGGCCCAGGCUGAGGAGGCCUCGCACAAGGCCCGCUGGCUCGUGCUCUUCAGCCUCCUCUUUGGGGUGUUCGUGUCCACCAGCUGGGUCAUCUAUGUGGUGGUGGCGCUCUACCUCCCCUGAGGACUGCUGGCUCCUUCUGCCCGGCCUGGCCAGACUCUGGACUUUGAUCCCUGCUAGCACCAGGGGCCAGCAGACGGUAGGCCAUGCACCCCUUGGCUGGGCUGUCGCCUCCACAGAUGGCUUCAGGCUGCAUCCUCGAGGAGGAUGCCAGGGCCCAGGUGGAACUGUGGGCGAGGCCAACUGGAGCCUGUUCCCAGUGACUCUGGGACUGUGUUGGCAGGACCACCCUCCUGGCCUUCACAACCCCCACCCCACAGAAGCCCACCGGAGGGCUCAGAGCUCCCAUAAUUCUCUGGGACAUGUAAUACAAACUCCAGCCUUGCUUCAGUCAGUGCUGGGUAAUGGUGGGCAGAGCUUCCAGUACCUAUUUCCUGUGAGGACUGGGGCAUUGCCGCCUCUCUGCAGCAACUUCUGGCCAUGGUUCUGUCCACAGCUGGGCUCUGGGCACCCACUCUGCCCUCUGAGAUGCUGUGCACCCACAGGCAGCUCUGUGAUUCAGUCAGCAUGCGCCCUGGUUUCAGGGAGCCUGGUGUGUCUUAGAAUCACUGGUCCAGCCUAAGGUGCCUGAGAGAGUGGCAAUGAAGGGCUUUCCUGAAGAUGCUGUGACUGACAGCAAAGAGCAGGAGACAUCAGCUGCCGGUGGAGGCCCCUCAUUGUCAUCAGUGGGGUCAGCAGUGGGUGGGUUUCAGUGCUCCACACUCUCAGCUGGGCCUUAACGUUUCAGUGUUUCCGGCAGCUAAUGCCGCCGUGGUCUUGCAUUUCAGGGUGGCUUUCAGGGACAUUUUGGUCUUGUAAUCAUUGUCAACUAUUUGGAUGUGUCUUUAUGACCUGCUUAUACAGGUUAUGUGCCUAUUUUUAUGCUGAGUUGUCUUUUUCUCAUUGGUUUAAAGGGGUACUGUGCAUAUUCUGUGAAUCCUAUGCUAGAAAUAUGUAUGUAUAGGUGUUGCAAAUAUCCUUUUAAAAGGUACAUCUUCAUGAGAAAGAGAACCAGAUAGAGGAAGAACAACCCAAGCAUUGCUCCACUCUGGUUUAUGGUGGUGCUGGGGUUUGAACCUGGGACCUCAAACCCACAGGCAUGAAAGGCUUUUGUAGAACCACUUACCUGCCAUUCCCUUAGCACCAGACCUUCAUGCCCAGGGCUCAAGGGGCCCCAGGUUCAACUCCCAGCACAUUUAAAAAAAAAAUAAACCAGGCAGGCUGGCCAGCCACACCACCAAAACUAUCUUCAAUGCAUUCGGGGCGGGGAUCAAAUCACGCACAUGGCAAAGCAGUGCACUGUCCAAGUAGCUGUUUUAGGUUAGUUUUGCUUUCUUUUACCAGAGCACUGCUCAGCUUAUGGUUUAGAAUCAUUUAAAAAUUAUUAUUGGAUAGAGAAAUUGAGAGGUAAGGGGGAAGACAGUGGGACAGAGACCUGCUUCCCCACUUGAACUUGGACCUUUGCAUGUUGUAAUGCAUGUGCUUAAUGGGUGUGCCACCACCCGGCCUUAGAGCUAUUUUUGCUGCAUUCUGUAAGUUUUGGCACAUGAUACAUGUGCAUUUUCAUUUGCCCCACAUUCUUUUCCUCUUGAUUUCUUAAACCACUGGUUAUUCACGAAGGAGCAUGUUGUUUGUUCACGUAUUUGUAAAUUUGAUAUCGUUGUGGUUUGGAGACUAUGCUUUACUUGAUUUCAGUCUUGAAUUUAUUAAGACUUGUGUGUGGCCUGACAUAUCUUGGAGAAUGUUCCAUGUAUGCUUAAAAGGAAUGUAUAUUCUGUUGCUUUGGGAUGUAAUGAUCUGUAUAUGUUAAGUAUAUCAAGUCUACCUUU